AUGCCGGCACUUUCCUGGAUCGCCGGCGAAGGGCCUUCUUUUUGGUCGGCCUCGUCGGCUGUCGCUGUCCGCGCCGCGGCCUCCUUCUCUUCACUGAGGCUGCCUCCGCCUCAUCGCGUUCGCCUGCUGUCUGUUCAGUCUCGCGUAGGGGCUCCGUCUUUGCCCGGCGCACGCUGCGCGUCUUCUCCUCUUUCCUCUGCGUCUCAGCGGCCGUCUGGGGCUUCGGCGGCCUCCACGCCGUCUCCUUGGCGCCGUAGACCUUGCUCCUUCACCCGUCAGACUCUGCUCGCCACAGCGGGCCUCCCCCGCCGGGCGCGCCGCCAGACAGGGGCUCCCACCUCUUCGCCUGCGCCCUCUACUACCUUUUCCUCUUCAGAAGUGCCCCUGAGCGUCUCGGCCGCUUCUCUCUGCGCAUCCACAGCCGUUCCCCCCAGCGCGCGGCGUGGACGCGGGACAGCGUCGCGUCUCCUGUCUCCGCUGUCUCAACUGCCUCCUGUCGGCGCGUCCUGGCGGGCGCGUCUGUGUUGUGUUUCACCUGGGCCCUUGUGUGUCUCUUGCCUGAGCACUGCUUCGUCUGCGUUGACUGCUUCGCUCUCCGCGGGACGCAGGCGCGGCGCUGUCUGCGUGGAUGCAUCCACUUUCCCCGCGUCCGCGUCUUCUUCGCGGACCGUUCUGGCUGUGUCCGGGCAAACCCGUGUGCGCGGCAUCUCGGGGGCGCGGCUGCUGGAGGGAGACCCCGCUCCGACGCAGCCUUCGGUUCCUUCGCCCGCUCACUUUGCGUUUCUGCGAGAGGUGCAUCGUUCUUUUGCAUCGUCGCUCUUCGGUGCAAGCGACGCCCUCGGAAACCGAGCCGCUGGAGGAGGGGCGGCGCUUGGAGACGGAGGCAGUGCACAGCCAGAAGAUCCGCUCGUCGGGCUCGCACCCCGGCCUCGCAUCCCUACGCUUUGCCUAGGGGUGUCUGUACGCCGCGACGUUGUCGGCUACGCGCUCAUUCAGCCCAGGGCUUCCUGGUUUCCUCUCAAAGUGGGAUUCGUCGACCCAGCGGGCGGCGGGGAGAGGCUGACCGAGCGCGCCGCGGAGAUCGCCGGGGUGCUGUUGGCCCUGCGCGACCAGCAAGAGAGUCUCCUCCGCCAAGCCCGCGAGGAGACUGCCCCCGCGCCUGCGAGCCGGGGGUCGCCGAAACCGCGGAGGGAAUGUUUUUGGAUUGUCGGCGUCGAGGAGGCAUUGCGCGUCCCGCAGAGCUUCCGCGAGGCGACGCGGGCGGCCGUGCUGCAGCAGCUCAAGGGCGCAGUGUCUGCCGAGCUGCUCAAGAUCUUCUCCGUCUCAAAUGUCCUCCACGUCGAGCCCAAAACUGCCCGCGCAGCUCUAGCACGCGCCGUGAGGGUGCCGCUCGGCUCGAGGCAGGAAGUGCUUCGUUGGCUCUCCGAACAGGUUCCCUCUUUUCCAUGCAACCUUCGGCGCGAGGAAGCUGCCCUCACGAUGGCUGACGCCUGGCUGGUGGCGGUGCAUGCGCAGCGCAUGGUGGAGGCCAUGCGUCUAAAAGAGCGGCUUCGCACUCUUCUGGCUGCGGAGUCGAGGCAGCGCUUUUCAGACUGGGACUUGUCGGCGGAGCCGAGUCAUGCGAGCGGAGCCGCGCUGUCAAUUCCGCCGCACCUCUUCAAGCUGGUUGACAGCGUGCGUGCGCCGUCGGGACGCGUGGAGGAUCUUCGCAGGGCGGUCGCCGACGCGCCCGACGCGCGAACGCGCCGGGAACUUGUGCAGGUCCUCAAGAGCCGACGGGAGAGCGAACUGACGCAAGCAGUUGAACGUCACCUCGACGCUCAGUACCAGUCAGCUCGAGGGCUAUUCGUUGCGCCUGCGCAGGCUCCGCACGGGCAGCGAGCCGAGGGAGGAUCCGCGAGAAACUCGGGCGGCAGUCUCUUCGUCGAGAGUGUAGACAAGGCCGGAGCCGACUCGCUGUUUUCUGCGUCAGAGCGAGGCGGAACGGAGUUGAACUGGAGCAGGCGAGAGCCUUCUGCGCAGACCGACACCGCGAGGCGCUCGCCAGCGACGACGGGCGCACUUUUUCGGGCUUGGCGGAGGGAACCAGGACUCGACUUGGAUGGGGACGGCGAGGAAGAGAAGGUUUGCGCCGCUCACGGCGGCUGCGCAGAGCGCCCGGACGAGGGCAUGCACCAGAGGCCCGCGGCGCGGGGGGGGCACAGCCUGGAAGAGGCUGCGGCUCAAGUGGCCGCAGCCAACGCGCGGAAGAGAACGCACAGCAAGUUGCCAGCCUCGGAUCAUGCUGGAAACCACGCUUCGCGGCCGAGUCCGCCCGUCGCAGAGGGUGGCUUGGAUGCUCUCUCUUCAGAGAAAGACGCGGCGAACUCAGGAACAGAGCGCGGGGCGCGAGGGGUGAGCAACCGGGCGGUGCUCGGGACGAGUUCAGUCAAUCCUUACUUGCCUACGCGUUCGAAGGCGCCUACUGUGGGACGACGAAGACGGUAG